UUCUGUCGGAGCUUCACUGUGCGACACUAGACGGAAGUAGAAAUGGCGCUAGUGGCGUUAGCAUAGUUAGCUUCCAUUCUGCUUGGAUCCAGAGUUGAGAAACAUCUUCAGGAGGUCUAGAGAUCCGAACCGGACCCGGAACCAUCACAGGAACCCCAUACAGAACCGGCAUGGAGCGCAAUACCGACCCGACUGUGAGCUAGAACCGGAACAAGAGGUCCGGAGGGUCGGAGGGCUCGGAUACUUUAUGUGAAAACCUGAAGCUGGACCCAGAACCGGUUUUAGUCCCACGGUUUUCUGGAGGUUUCGGACAGAUCUUGGAUCAGUUUCAGGUGUGUGCAGGUGGAGGUGUGGCAUCCUGCAGGCCACGCCCACUCAGCCCCUCCCACCACCACAGGCGUGUUUUCAGCAGCAGGUAAAAGAGUAGCACUCAGGUUAUCACCGUGACGACGUUAAAACUCUCACAGGCCAACGAUCGACAUCAACAUGAGAAAAUCUGAUCAUCCAUACAGGCUGAUCUGAUGAUUAAUUAUUGAUUAACUGAUUAAUACCUGGAUGGAAAGAAUUUGUACAGAAUCUCCAACCAGGUGAAGCUAAAGCCGAACUAGAGAAGUUCUGCUAGAACAGAUUUACAGACUAAGAAGGUUUUUAUCUUACAUGUUUAUAUUAUUUUUAAUAAAAUUUUUAGAAUCUGUUUCCUGCAGUUAAUCGAUUAUUAGGUUUCCAGAACCGUUAAAGUAUUUUAUGGUUCUGAAGGAGAAUAAAUACACAAACACUUUUUCACACUCCAUUCUUUUCCCUGGAUAAAAGAAGAUCAAAUGUUUUAUUUUAAAGCUCAGCUCAACUUUUAACUUGUUUUAUAUUGAAAUGAACAAUCACAACAGCAGCAACGUUCAUCUGACUCGGGUCGCCUGGGAGGUUCUGGUUCUGGUAUCGGCUGCAGUGGCACUGGGUCCAUUCCUCCCUCUGCUGAUAGACGAACCUUUUGUCCUUUGAGGUUCUGAUGAAGACCCAGAUAAUGUUCUGGACCCGACAGUGAAACCCUGAAGAACCCGAGUAGAGCCGGUAGUGUUCUGGCGGGUCGUUGGUUCUGGUCCGAUGGUUUCCUUGACCUCUUCUUGUGUCUGUGUUUGUUUCACGUCCAAACUCCAUUUUAUUGUUGCAGAAACUCUGGGUGGAACGGUACCAACAGAACUUUUCAGUACUCCUGCUGGGGUCCGGUUCCUUGCAGCCCGACGUCCAGCAAAUAUUUUCUGUAGAAUCGAGAGGUUUUUCUUUUACAAAGAGAAGAAAUCAUUCAGAACCAGAAGAAGCAAAACUCUGUCCUGAUGGAAGAACAGAAGGAUCCAGAUGGUCCAAAUAUAAAGCAGGAACAGGAGGAACUGCUGGAUAAACAGCUGAAAAAUGACCAACAUGCUGAAGAUCUGCAGAUUAAAGAGGAAGUGGACGAAUACUGCACCUGCCAGGACGAAGUUCGCCUGGUUCUGAAGGAGGAGACGGACACAUUGGGGAUGAAUACUGCUCCUGAACAGAGAAACAACAGGGAACCAGAACCAAUCAGGGACCGACUCCAGAACGCGCGACUGGCUGAAAACCAGCAACAGGAAGGGAAGAAGGAAGAAUCAGGAUUCUGUAAACAUCCACAACCAAGGUCGAAUAAGAGCUGUCAGAAAUCCAGAGUUCAAAGUGACGAUGCACACGGUUCCAAACAUAGAAGGCGGAGCAGAUCUCUGAGCCAAACAGAAAAAAGUUUGUUUUCCUGUAAAGUGUGUGGCAAGAGUUUCUCCCAGAGUAGCCAUCUGAACAACCACAUGAGAUCGCACGCAAGUAAGAAACAAUACCCCUGUGAGGUCUGCGGUAAGUUUUUAAAUGACAAAGGUAGCUUAACGGUUCACAUGAGAACCCACACAGGUGAGAAGCCUUUCACAUGUCCCACCUGUGGGAAAAGUUUUGGUGCGAGGAGCAGCUUCAUUGCUCAUGUAAGAACUCACACAGGUGAGAAGCCAUUUCCCUGUCCAAGCUGUGAGAAAAGUUUCAUUGUAAAAAGUCAUCUAAUCACACACAUGAGAAUUCACACAGGUGAGAAACCUUUCCAGUGUCUCACCUGUGGAAAACGGUUUGGUGCUAAAAGCAAUUUAAACACUCACAUGCGAACACACACGGGUGAAAAACCUUUUGCAUGUGUGAGCUGCGGGAAAAGUUUCAGUGUAAGGAGUCACCUGAUCACUCAUCUGAGAACACACACAGGUGAGAAGCCAUACUCCUGUCCAUACUGUGGCAGAAGCUUCAGUCUGCGAAGUCAUUUAAAUGUUCACAUGAGCACACAUACAGGAGAGAAACCUUUUCCAUGUGUGGCAUGUGGAAAAAGCUUCAGAGUGAGAAGCAGUUUGACAAUUCACAUGAGAACGCACACGGAUGAGAAGCUGCACAUCUGUGAUGUGUGCUGUAAAGGUUUCACUCAGAGCAGCCGUCUGGCUUCUCACAUGAGGAUCCACACAGGGGAGAGGCCGUUCCCAUGUCCCACAUGUGGAAAAAGUUUCAGUGCCAAAACAUAUCUGAAUACACACAUGAGGACACACACAGAUGAGAAGUCCUAUCUGUGUGUGAUCUGUGGGAACAGCUUCAGUCGAAAAAGCAACUUGAACAGACACAUGAGGACGCACACCGGCGAGAAACCCUAUGAUUGUGAAGUUUGUGGGAAAUCCUUUGGAUGUAGCGGUAGCUUGACCGUCCAUAUGAGAUCUCACACAGGUGAGAAGCCAUUCCCAUGUGUCACCUGUGGAAAAAGCUUUAGUGUAAGAAGUUACCUGGUUAUUCACAUGCGAACCCACACAGGUGAGAAGCCUUUCCCAUGUGUCACCUGUCGGAAGAGCUUCCUUUUACGGAGUCAUUUGACUCGUCACAUGAGAGUUCACACCGGCGAGAAGCCGUUCCCAUGUUCGACCUGUGGGAAAGGUUUCAGUGUGAGAUGUCACAUGAUGGCUCACAUGAGAACUCACAAACAGGAGAAAGGUCUUUCUGACACAUGGCCUGUGGGAAACGUCUCCAAGGAGUUGAGAUGACUCCGCUAGAGGGUUAGGGUUAGGGUUAGGGGUUUGUAAACGUUCAGUUUAAUAAAGUUUAUCAUCUGUGUUGAAGUUUUGUUUAUCAAGUAUUUGGAGUUUUCUAAGUAGAUGUUUGUAUUUAUGCUCUUAUUUUGAAGGAGUGCUGUUUUCAAUGCAAGUCUGUUCCUCUUGCUUUCUUUAUUUCUCAACCUUUUUUAAAAAAUAAGAAACAUACAAGAACAAAACAGAACAUGGACAGAAGAGAAAUGAAAUUGGUGCUUUAGGGUUGUUUCAUUUCAGAGGAAAUAUCAUUUGAAUUGAAGUUAGCGCUUUUGCAUUAACUUCCUCCAAAUACUGUGUUGCUGUAGCAGUUAGCAUCAGUGGACCUGUUUAUGGAGAGUGCUGUAGGAUUAGCGCAGCUAGCUUUUCGGUUAGCGAUGUCCAACACUGAGUGACUUUCUGUGAGCUUCAGUUACAAAAUCUGGAGAAGUGGGUUCAUAGUUCAGCACCAGGGAGGGGAACCUUCAUAUUGAGUUAUUUCAUGUUUUUAUGAAUACAUGAACAUUUUUCCUUUUUUAUUGUAAAUGUUGAUGACGGUUAUGCAUUUCUGAGCUAAACAUGAGAGUUUGUUCCUUCAAAUAAGGUUGAGGAAGAUGAGAACCAACAAUAAAACAUGAAGGUAAACAAUG